AUGAGCAGGGCACCAUUGUUGUCAAAACCGCUUCCCGGAGAAGUUCUCCUCCUCUACCUUUCGAUAUCAAGCACUGUCAUUAGCUCGGUAUUGAUACGAAUGCCAGAAAAGGCAGAGCUACCAAUUUUUUAUGUCAGCAAGGCUCUUCAAAGCGCAGAACUUCGGUACCCCCCCUUGGAGCAGCUGGCACUUGCCCUUGUUGUCUCGGCGCGAAGACUCCGCCCAUACUUCCAAGCACACGAGAUCACAGUACUGACCAAUCAGCCCCUUCAGCAGGUACUUCAAAAGCCAGAAACGCCCGGCAGAUUGGUCAAAUGGGCGAUCGAGCUCAGAGAAUUUGACAUACAGUUCAAGUCAAGGCCUGCAGAGAAGGGUCAAGCCGUCGUCGACUUCAUUUCCGAGCUCACACCCGCACCGUCGGAAGCACCCUGUCCGAACGCUGUUAUUACAGAACCUAAUAAAAUAGAUGCCGAUCGCUUUGAUCCUUCGGUACCUCUAUGGAUCCUGCAUGUUGACGGCUCGGCAAAUCAACAAGACUGUGGAGCUGGCUUGGUGUUAACUACUCUAGACGGAUGCCCUCCAAUUCAACUUUCGAACCUCUAA